AACCGUUUGCUGAUCCAAAAGAUACCCUAAAGAUUUUUAGAGCAGCCUGAGACGAGGCAGUGCUUCCGCCUUCUCCUGGCUACUAAGGCCUGGGGCCGUGACCUCCCUGAGCGUGGGUCGGGGACUGGGGCCGGGACUGUGGGUGGGCAGCGUGCCACCAAGGGCCCCCAGGGCACCCUGGACAGCCCCUCCCGGCAGCCCCCGGGAGCCCCUCCCCCAGCCCAGGUCCCGCGGGGCCCCUUGGAGCAGGCUGCAGCACCCCCAGGUGCCCGGCCCCGGGCGUCAUGGCCACUUUAAGGCGGGCCUGGGGCGUGCGCGCCCACAGCUGCGGGCCGCGAGACCCAUCAGCGCGGCCCGAGCCGGCGUCCGGGACGCGGCGGCUCCGCCGAGCUCCUCCUGCGGUGAGGCUGCCCCAGGACCCGGCACGUGGGCAACAGGCCAUGGCGGCCUCAAUUACCCGCCCGGAGCGCGGCCGAAUCUCUGGCCAGGCAAAAAUAGACCUCUUAUUAGUUGGAGAUGUCACUGUUCAGUACCUGGCUGAUAUUGCACAGAAAUCCUUUUCACAUAUUGCAAAAGUCUCCAUAACCAUCAGAGAUGUGGAGGGGGCAGCAGCACUUCUGGAGAAUUGCCCAUUUGACAUGGUUUUCUUGAAGACGACUUCUUUACCAACUGCUGACGAGCUGGAAGCUGCCAAAUUAAUUAGAUUUGGCAAGAAGAAAAAUAUACAUUUGCUGUUUGUUUUUAUAACCCCUGAAAACUUUAAAGGUUGUGUUUCAGAGCAUGGAGCUGAUGUUACUUUAAUUGAACCACUGACAAUCGAAAAAAUGAGUAUUGUGGUAAAAUACUGGAAAACCUAUUUCUCAAAUACCGUUAAGAAUGAAUAUUCUGUGAAGCCUGAAGAACCUGGAUUGCCCAUGCAGAACUCCUGCAGUGAACACUUGGGAUAUUUUUCUACUGACCUAUUUGCUUGCUCUGAAUCACUAAGAAGUGAGACUGGGCUUGAAUUAAAGGCUCCAUUGCCAGAGUUUGAGAAAAGCAAAAAGGUUUCUCUUCUUCAUUCAAGCAAAGAAAAGCUGAGAAGAGAACGAAUCAAGUAUUGCUGUGAGCAGCUGCGUACUCUGUUGCCAUAUAUAAAGGGGAGAAAGAAUGAUGCGGCUUCAAUUCUUGAGGCAACAGUUGAUUAUGUGAAGUACGUCCGGGAGAAAAUCCCUCCAGCCAUUAUGGGCCAGAUCACGGAAGUACUUCAGAACAAUAUGAGGUUUUGUAAGAAACAAGUGUCCAUCCAGCCAUCCCUCCCAGGCCCAAUCAUGGCACAAAGGGAAAAUGGUGUAUUGACAAGCACCUAUUCACCUGUGAGAGGGAUCAGAUUCCUGGCUAAUCAGUGUGUGAAUGUGUACUCUGUUCCUGCCUCAGGGGGCUCCUUGGAUGAAGCUGUGAGAGGUCAGUCCAGCUCCACUUCAGAGAAUGCAAUUGGUGAUAUGUAUAAAACUCGAAUUCCCAGCAAUGCUCUCUCUCUUAAUUCCUUCCAUGCUGUCAGAUACUAUUCUAAAGUUGUCCCUUCCUAUGAUGCAGCUGCUGUAACAAAUCAGAACAUUUCAGUUCACUUUCCAUCAGCUGUGCCCAAAGUCUCAAAGUUUCUUCCUCAGCACUACAAUUCUGUGCUGGGCCAGACGUGCUCAACACAUCCCAACUGUCUGCAACAGUUUUGGGCAUAUUAAUAGCACAUGUUUGAAAUUCACACUCUAGACCACCUGUUGGGUACAGUUUGACAAUAAAGGAAGAAUGGAACAAAGAAUGAUCUUGAAAGCUACACCCAGAGACCUAAUAUCAAAAGAGUUUGCACUGUAUGGCUUCUGAUAAAUGUGCUAAAAGCUUCUGCAGAUAGAUAGCAAGAGUGCUAGCCACUCGCUUUCACUUAACCUCAGAUAUACUUGGAUCUCCCCAGCCAGAGCACUACAAGAACAGAUGGCCUGGUGACCUAGACUUCUUUUUUUUUUUUUUCUCCUCCUCAAAAAAUAUUCCACAAUUUUUGACCCGCUACAAAGAAGGUCCAGGUACACUGGAUAAAUUGGUAAGAUGAGGGAGGUGCUUUGAUACUCCAGCCUCACUGAGUAUAGAUGUUACAACCCGAUUCCUAUUUUUAGUAUCACUGUGAAUAACUGUCACUCAUUUCUAGGUGGUAUCUUUCUAGAUUUGACAUCUUAGAGAGCUUCCUCCAUUAUGCACCAUCCAAACUAAGAUCUCUCGGUUCAACAGUGGUGUUUAUCUCCUCACUUGACUCCUAAUGAAUAAAUUGAUGUGUUUGUUUUUGCA